UUCACUUCACAGUCUUCCCCCCCACUUCCAGACAGUCUCUCCACUUUUCACUUCCUCUUCUCAACAAAAGUUUUCAAAGUAAAAGUCUCAAGAAAAUCCAAAAGCAAAAUCGAAUAAAAGAUCCUUUAAAGGAAGAAGAAGAAAAAAAAAAAAAACCAUUAAUCCACUGGAAAUCUCCAGCAGCUCCACUCCUGAAAAUCAAAAUUCUUUUCUUCCUCUCUGGUUAUCUUUCCUCUUCUUUUCUCAACCCUUUUUGACACUGUAAAUUUUCUUCCUAACUUUCUCGCUAACCAAACAAAACCCUGAUUUUUUUAUUCUUCUUUCUUUUCCUUCUCCCAUUUUCCACAAACCCAAACAGAAAUAUCACCAACCCGCUUCUAAAUUUACUUCCUCUAACCAAAACCCGUCUUUCUCCAUUCUCAUUCGAAGCCUAAAAACCAAAACUUUAAAUCUUAAACCCUAACCGCAAGCCAGCUAAACCCUCUCGUUAAAUCUUUCCACACCCCCCGCCUUUGCUUCUCGGGUCAUGUCUACACCGCUAGACCAACAACAGCAACAGCAACCGCCGCCACUACCCGUGACCCAACAAGCCCGCACGGCUCAUUCCGGUCACGGGUCGGUUGGACCCGUAAUAGCCGUCCUCGCGGUGAUCACAAUCCUCGGUGUCAUAGCCGGCAUGAUUGGUAGGCUCUGUUCGGGUCGUCGGAUCUUGGGUCACGGCCAGUACGACGUUGAAGGAUGGCUCGAGAGGAAAUGUUCCUCGUGUAUCGACGGUCGGAUCGACCCACGCCCGGCCAGAACCAGCGGGUCGGCCGAGCUUCCGACUGUGGCGGUGCCAGCAGAGCAAGCCGCUGCUCCUGCUGGUGGAGCGGAGAUAAAAGAAGAACCGGAGCAAGAACAAGCUCGAGAUAAACCACGUGGUCGUGGACACGGAAGGGAUUGAAUCUUGAUUCGGGUUUUCGGGUCGGUUCCGGGUUACACAACACAUCUCAAAAUUUGAAAAUUGGGGGUAUAAUUAAUUACUUCUUGCUUAAUUUGUUAAUUAUCUUGCUAAUAUCAUUGUUAAUGCGGAGCUUUUUGGAUUAAUUAAUUAAAUGAUGAUUUAUUGGGGGGCAUAGGCUGUAAAUC